AUGUUCACUGGCAUUGUCGAAGAUAUUGGCGUUAUUACACGCCUGGACAAAGAUGCCGCCACUGGAAGCGCUGAGAUGACGAUUACCAUCGCGCCCGGGUCAUCUCUUCUCAAGGACUGCCGAGAUGGUGAUUCUAUCGCCGUGAACGGCGUAUGUUUGACUGUGACAUCGUUCAAGGAUGACCACUUCAAUGUCGGCGUUGCACCGGAGACCCUGCGCAUCACCAACCUCGGCGGACUCUCCGAGAGUAGCCGUGUGAAUUUGGAACCUGCCGUCCGUGCUGAUACCCGCAUGGGUGGCCACUUUGUGCAGGGUCAUGUCGAUACCGUUGCCGAGAUUCUGCUUGCCGAACAAGAUGGCAACGCCAUUACCUUUCGCUUCCAGCCCAAGAACCGGGACAUGCUUCGCUACAUUGUCUACAAGGGUUUCAUUGCGAUCGACGGUACCAGCUUGACUGUCACCCAGGUCAACGACAAAGAAGGCUGGUUCCAGAUUAUGCUCAUCUCCUACUCUCAAGAAAAGGUUAUUCUGAGUAAGAAGGUGGCUGGUGACAGUGUUAAUAUUGAGGUCGACAUGAUGGCCAAGUAUGCUGAAAAGUCGCUUGCGGGUAUCCUCGGCUCUGGCUCCGGUGAAUCAAUCCCGCUGCUGGAGAAGAUUGUCGAGAGGAUCGUCGAGAGCAAGCUGAAGCAAUAG